AUGGUCUCCACAAAGAGCCUUCUGCUUGCUGCCUUCACAACAAUAGCAUGCGCUGCUCCCACAAAGGGACCCUGCAAAUCCCUAACCCCAACUCUUCCCAGCACAGGAGGCGACAACCUCCAAGGUCCCUCUCCCACAGCCCGCCUCAAGAAAAUUGCCCUCGGCCACGGCAUCCAAAACUACACCUGCAGCGCCUCCGAUGCCACCCCCUCCGCAACCGGCGCUCUCGCCGUUCUCUACGACGCCACCACCGUCUACCCAGGUCUCUCCAAGACCGCCUUGUCACCAGACGCCUUCAACUCCCUCCCCCACCUCCUCCUCUGGGACCGCCCUGUCCCUCUCAACCGCCCCUCCAACUCGUCCUACUCCGCCGACACCACGUCCCCCUUCCCUGCGCACAAUGACCUCAAGGGACUAGCCGACUACCCAUCCUUCAAGUACGCGGGCCACCAUUUCUUUGAUUCGACUGGCACGCCCAUGUUCGAUCUGGAUGCGUCGGGACUGAAAGCGAGCGUGGUCAAGGGCGGUAAUGUCAAUGCGCCCAAGGAUGCGGAUAAGGGCGUGUUGGAUACGGGCGCGGUGGCGUGGUUGAGAUUGACGGAUAGCAAGAAGGGGGAGAGCAAUGGUGUGAAUUUGGUUUAUAGGGUUUUGACGGCGGGAGGUAAUGCCGAGGGGUGUGCUGUUGCGGGGACGGGGGUGCAGAGUGUCCCGUAUACGGCUUUUUAUUGGUUUUAUGAGGAGUAG